AAAAAAAAUAGGUAACAUUUCAUCUAUUAAGCAAUCUGAUCAUUAGUUUUAUUGUGGUUUGAAGCCUAAGACUGAGCACCUACCUCUGAGGUGGGUCUAACACUGACCUACUGCAAUGAAACAUCAAAAUCCAUUCAAGCAACUCUUCGAGUAACAAGAAUUGUGAUACAUUAUUUCAGGGGAAAUUGACUGAACAAGUUUUCUUACAAAAGACGUAGCUCGGAGUUGCGCCGGAGACCUGAGUGGGGAACUGAAGCGGAGGUGAGAGAUUCGCAGGCAGUUUGGAGCUGGAGCUGAGCGGCUGUCGCUCGUGAGAUCAUGGGCUCGACCGGGCCGUGGGGAGAGGGGUUCAUGAACCUGCGGGUGCCCCCUGCUGGGGUAUUUGGUGUGGCCUUCCUUGCGCGAGUCGCCCUGGUUUUCUACGGGGUGUUCCAAGACCGGACCAUGCUUGUGAGGUACACAGACAUCGACUCCCAGGUCUUCACGGACGCCGCGCGCUUUGUCACGGAAGGGCGCUCCCCUUAUCUGAGGGCCACCUACCGUUACACCCCGCUGCUGGGUUGGCUCCUCACUCCCAGCAUCUAUCUCAGUGAACUCUUGGGAAAGUUUCUCUUCAUCAGCUGCGACCUUCUCACCUCCUUGGUGCUUAUGGCCCUGUACUUAGUAGAGAAAAGGCUGAUCGCGUGUGCCGCCGUAUUCUGUGGUUUCGCGGUGCAUAUGAAAAUGUAUCCGGUGACCUACAUCCUGCCCAUAGCCCUCCACUUGCAGCCAGAACGCGACAAUGAAGAAGACCUCCGUCAAUCCCGGUAUUCUUUUAAGGCUCGUUUGUACGAAUUCCUGAAGAGGUUGUGUAAUCGGGCUGUGUUGCUCUUUGUAGCAGUUGCUGGGCUCACCUUUUUGGCCCUGAGUUUCGGUUUUUACUAUAAAUAUGGCUGGGAAUUUUUGGAGCACACCUACCUUUAUCACCUGACUAGGCGGGAUAUCCGCCACAACUUUUCUCCAUACUUCUACAUGCUGUAUUUGACUGCCGAAAGCAAGUGGAGUUUUUCCCUGGGAAUUGCUGCGUUCCUUCCACAGUUCAUCUUGCUUUCAGCCGUUUCUUUUGCCUAUUACAGAGACCUCAUCUUUUGCUGUUUCCUUCAUACAGCCAUUUUUGUGACUUUUAACAAAGUCUGUACUUCCCAGUACUUUCUAUGGUACCUCUGCAUACUGCCCCUUGUGAUGCCACUAGUGAGGAUACCUUGGAAAAGAGCUGUAGUUCUCCUCAUGUUAUGGUUUAUAGGGCAGGCCUUAUGGCUGGCUCCUGCGUAUGUUCUUGAGUUUCAAGGAAAGAACACCUUUCUGUUCAUUUGGUUAGCCGGUUUAUUCUUCCUUCUUAUCAACUGUUCUAUCCUGAUUCAAAUCAUUUCCCAUUACAAGGAGGAACCUUUGAUAGAGAGAAUCAAAUAUGACUAAUAUAUGCUCCAGAUUGUCUGCCUGUUACAUUCUGAUUAUUCUUUGUGGACCAGAAGAGAGUUUUGGGAAAAAAUUUUUGAACAUUGUAAACUCUCUAGUCAGAGAUCAGUUUGGAGCUUAAAACG